AUGGACGGUACUAGCUCCAACAAGAGACAACUGGAAGCUCAGCUAGAGGGAGAUAGCAAUGCUAAGAGGCACAAUGUCACCAUGAGGUUGGAGACCCUCGAUUGCUCUGUCUGCUCUGAGCCGCUCAGACCUCCGAUAUUCCAGUCUUCUUUGGGGCAUUUCAUAUGCUUGUCUUGCCGUUCCGAGAUCCUGGACAAGAAGUGCCACUUGUGCUCUGCCGUAACUUCCUUUGAGCGAUGCUUUGGGAUGGAACAUGUCAUCAAGUCAGUCACUGUUGCUUGCUCCAAUGCCAAGUAUGGAUGCGCCGAGCAGAUCAUCUACUAUCAGAAGGAAGAACACGAAAAGAUGUGCCCAAACGCCCCAUGCUUCUGCCCAGAGUCUGGCUGCGGCUUCGCUGGGUCUACAAUGGCGCUCCUGGGCCAUAUGACCGGCAAGCACAAGUGCCCGUUAUCAACCUGCGAUGAUCCUAGCAUGGUGAAUGUUUAUCUGUACUUGGAACCGGGCUUACGUGUUCUGCACUGCCAUGAAGAUGAUCAGUUUUUUCUGUUCAACAUGGCAUCUGAGUCAUUUGGGCAUGCCAUCUCUGUCGUGUGUGUACAACCUCGGGUGACAGAACCCAAGUUCACAUGUGAUUUGUAUUACGACAGCUCGACAACCGACGAUUCUCAGAAUUCUUGUUGCAAGGUAAGAAGCUCAUCACUGUCUGAUGGGCUACCAACGGGCUAUGACCUGAUUGUGCCCAAGGGGAAGGUUUCUGAUGAAGGAAAUGGUAUCAUGCUCAGAGCCACCAUCCGUGAAUAG